AUGACUCUCAUCCAGACCACGAAUUGCUAUGAGAUCCAAACGCACCAGUCGAACUUCCUCGGUGCCAUACCCGUGCAGGAUCGGGUUACAUUCCAGGACUAUAGUCUUGAGACACCGGCCCCGGAUAGUGCCGACGCAGAGAGGGCAGCUCGGCGCCGGGGAGUGAAACGAAGGCGUGCACAAGCUGGCAUAGACCUACCCGAUCCCGAGCUCCUUCGAGUGCAUGCUGCUCUAGCGAUUCUGCUCCACUCAAGUGGUGCUGCGGGCAUAUUCGAUACGAUGAUCCGCUGGCGUUCUGACCGAAACCAUCACGGCGUGCCGGAGGCGAGUGGGCGUGCCUUCUGGGAGUCUGUUGUAAUAUACGAAGGUCCGGAAAUUUGCCUAUCCGCCGAGUUACAGAACGCGGCGGAGGCGAUUGGUCGUUUGUCGACGUCGACUGAUCCGGAAUAA